ACAUUGCCCAACUUCAAGUUAAUCAUUGACAGAAAUCAAUAUGACUCAUGUACACUCAAUUGGCUUUCAAACCAAGAAGACCCACAACUUUUUUCAUAAGGCUGUUGUCCCAUUACCGCUUGGUCCUCCUUCGGAAUUUUGCGACGAAAUGGCGUCUGAGGACAGCAUUAUUGUGAAACCCGAAGAGCAACCGGUGUUUUCGACGAGAGCUCACGUCUUUCAAAUCGACCCCCAGACAAAGAAGAGUUGGAUUCCAUGCUCAAAGCAAGCUGUCACAGUCUCCUUUUACUAUGAUCCCAUUAAUGAAACACACAGGAUUAUAUCCGUCGAUGGCUCUAAGGCUAUCAUCAACAGUACCAUAUUUCCCAAUAUGAACUUUACGAAAACAUCACAGAAGUUUGGCCAAUGGUCUGAUCCCAAAGUCAGCAGUGUAUUUGGCCUUGGCUUCCCCUCCGAAGCAGAACUGAACAAGUUUGCAGAGAAGUUCAAAGAAGCCAGAGGAUCCUCAAAAUCAAUCAGCAGUUCUAGUAUUACAUCUGGGGGGUCAAACUCACCGAAACCAUCACUUCCUAAUGCGGUUAUCAGUAGUCCACAAAUGAACGGCACCAACGGGUCGCCAACACCUCAGUCUGGGAAGAAGACACCUUCCAUCCGAAGUGGGUCUUCCACAAGUAGUAUUGAGGAUGAGAGUAAAGAUUCUCCAGCAAUUAGUCACAAACCAGUUGGCAAUACUGAGGCUCAACUCAAAUAUGAAAAUGACAGACUUAAGAUGGCUCUUGCUCAAAGCUCUGGGAACGCUAAGAAGUGGGAGGCAGAGCUUCAGACAUUGAAGAAUAACAAUGCUCGGCUUACUGCCGCUUUACAAGAGAGCACUGCAAACGUAGAGGAGUGGAAGAAACAGCUAAAUGCAUACAAAGAAGAAAGCAGUAAACUUAGAAAAAAGGUACAAGAGCUAGAAUCAUCCGAUAUGAAUGCUGAUGUUUUCAACAACAUGCAGCAGGAGAAGAUGGCAUUUGAGGGUCGGAUUAUACACCUUGAAAGCAUGGUGUCAGAUAAGGACGAGGAAAUAUCUCAACUUAAAGGAACAAAUGCUGAUCUGUCAAGUCAGAUUAAGGAAAGUAAAGUUAAGAAUCAAGAAUUAGAACAAAGAGUGAAAGACCUAGAAGAACGAAUGAGCCAAGCUUCUGUGAAUCAGAAUGCAAAAGAACAACUAAAAUCAUUACAGCAAACUCUCUCUCAAAAGCUACAAGAGAUGAGUGAUCUAAAUGAGAAAAUAUCAUCUCUGAUAACAAAUUAAUAACUAAUCAAUUUUGUAUUUGUUGCAAAGUUCUUUUUUGAAAUUUCAUUUCACUCAAUAACAAAUCAACCCAAGUUGUAAAAAUAACAAAAAAAAAACGCCAAUGCAGUUUUUUUACCAGGCAUGUAGCCAGGAUUUACUGGGGGGGGGGGGGGGGGGGGGGGGGGGGGGGGGAGGGGUGACAUCCCUUAAUGCCCUGAUAGAUUCUACAACUAUUCCCCACCCCCAACAAUGUCAGGUUGAUGACAACAAGCUAGAUUAUUUUUAGCUGUUUCUUUUUUUUUAAAUACAGUAUUUCUUAUGUUUUGUCAAUCGAAAUUAAACAAUGUAAAAUAUUUGCUAUAACCAAAGCUGGGAAAUAGGGGGAAAUUAUUCAGUACCUUUCGGUACUCAUGAGUGACAGUUUAUGAUUGUAAUUAAUAUAUAGAUUAUGACAAUUUACUAUAGAAUUUCAUAUUAUUGCCUGUGUGAAAAGCAUAUCUUUAAUCAAAGUGUACUCUACUUAGUGUGGAAUCAUGUUAAGGAUAAUAUAGCAUGGUUUAUAUUUUCAAUGAAACUUAUUGUAAGCAACGAUUCUAUAAGAAUCAGGACUGUAAUUUCAAUGAUCUAAUUUUAAAUUGUUCUUUUUUUUCUGGUUUCAGACAUGUGCAUCAAAUGACAGUAGUGUUUGAUUUUAGUAUUUCCAGCUAGCUACUCCUGCCCAAAUAUGGCUAAGGAGAAUCCUUAAGAGUCUUUAGUUUGACAAAAUAAUUAGUUAAAACAAAUAUUUCUUGUCAUAUCUUGGCCAUGUCACACAAAAUGGCCUAAAGAACAUCACAAAAAAGGACAAAAUUCAUUUCUUUGAAUUGAUCUUAGACAACAGUAAUGUGAAAUGGCCCAGAUAUGGCAAAAUGGGUACCUAGUAAGCUUUUAGAAAUAAAACAAUAUUGAAACAGAA